AAGGAGGGCCAAUCACCGGAGCCAAAAGGAGCCAAACCCGUUCUUCUCUCCCACCACCCCUCCCAGUUUAUGUGGUCGAGCGGGCAUUGCUAUUGGCUUCCAGGAGGUGGAGUUCCGUUACUAUGACAACAGAAAAGCGCGGGAAAUCCAUAUAAAUUGAAACUGAGAUUGCGCGCCAUAGCUCCCGGAAGAUUCGGGAAGGAUAGACCGCUUCCACCCGGCCAGUGGAGAGUAAAGAAAUGGAUUUGCCUACAGUCACUAUUGAAGAAGUAAAGAAUGUCCUAAUUGGGAUGCAGAAAAUUUUAGAAUGUCCUAUCUGUCUGGAGUUGAUCAAAGAGCCUGUUUCUACUACCUGUGACCACAUAUUUUGCAGAUUUUGUAUGUUGAAGCUUCUCAGCAAGAAGAAGGGGCCCUCUCAAUGUCCACUGUGCAAGAACAAUAUAACCAAAAGAAGCCUUCGAGAAAGUACAAGAUUUAAUCAGCUGGUGGAGGGACUGCUGAAAACCAUUCGUGCUUUUGAACUUGACACAGGAUUCCAAUUUUCAAAUACUCAAGAUUUUUCAAAAUGGGAGAGGAGGACUCCUGAGCCUCUAAAGAAGGAAGCUGCUACCAUUCAAAGUAUAGGCUAUAGAAACCGCUCAAAAAGAUUCAAAGCCAGUGAAUCAGAAAAUUCAACCUUGGAAUCCAGUCUUGGCGUCCAGCUCUAUGACCUUGGCAUCCGAAAAGGUUCCCUGAGAAAGCAAAAGAAAUGCAUUAAAAAUAAUGCUGUCUACAUCAAGUUAGGAUCUGAUUCUUCUGAAGAUGGUGUGAAAAAUGCAAUCUGUAACAGUGUCAAAGACCAAGGAUUGUGCCAAACCUCACCAAAAGGAACCAGAUUAAAGUCCAAGGAAAAGGCUGAAUAUGAGUUUUCUGAGAGGGCCAUAAAGAGCCUACAACAACAUCAAUCUAACACUGUUGAUGUGCAUGUCAUCAAUGAGAAUGCCACUGAAGGGCAUUCAGAGGAGUCUCGGGGUGUUUCUUCCUCAGACUUGAAUAUGAAGCCAUGGAACACAGACAUUCAUGCUAGCUCAUUACCACCUGAGAUCACCAGUGUAUUGACUAACACAGUCAGCAUGAACAUAGAAAAGGCUGAACUCUGUGAUAAAAGUAAAAGGCCUGGUUUAGCAAGGAGCCAGCAGAUAAGUCAGGAUAAUAGUAAGGAAAAAUGUAGUGCUGGGAAGACCUCAUAUGCAGAGGUGCCGCAUGAGCUGAACCCCCAUCAUCUGUAUGAGAGGCAAGAACUAGAGGAACAGCCAGAGUGCCCCAAGUACCCCAGAGGAAAUCCUCAAAACUGCUUGUCUGGAACCAAACUGAAAAGCAGUAUUCAGAAAGUUAAUGACUGGUUAUCCAGAAGUAAUGACAUUUUAGUCUCUGAUUAUUCCUCUGUUAGGAUCCAUGAACAGAAUGCAGAGAUGGCUAGUGUCUUAGAAAUUGGGCAUCCAGAUACCACAGAUGGAAAUUCUAGCAUUUCUGGGAAGACUGACUUGGUGGCUGACUCCACUGAUGGUGCCUGGCUACAUAUGUCUGAAAGAAGCUGCCCCAGGCAGGCAGAGAACAACAAUAUUGAAGACAAAAUAUUUGGAAAAACCUACCAUAGAAAGUCAGUUCACACUAAUUUGAAUUACGUAACUGAAAACUUGAUUGUUGGAGCUGUUGCUUCUGAUUGUUUGAUCCCUCCAGAGCAUGUCAAACAAACCAGGUUAAAGCGUAAAAGGAAGACCAUCUCUGACCUACAGCCUGAGGAUUUCAUCAAGAAGACAGACACUGAAUUUAUUCACAAAUCCCCUGAAAAGAAAAUUCAUGCUGUUGACCAAAUUCUAGAACAAGAACAAAAUGGCCAAGUGAUGAACACAGUUAAUGGCCAUCUCGAACAGAAAGCAUUAGUAGAUGGUCAUGUAGAGGAAGUGAAUGAUGCUCUGGCAUCAGAACUGCUCCCUGUGGAGAAAGAAUCCACUUUCAGAACUGGAACAGACUCCGCAGCUGGCAGCAUAAACCACGGGGGACUCAAAUUAAAUGGUAGAAAUGCCAAAAUGACAAAAAAGGACAAGCUGAGGAAGAAGUCUUCAGCCAGGAUUGUCCAUGAGCUUGAGCUCAUAGUUGAUAAAAACCCAAGCUCUUCUAAUGAAACUGAACUACAGAUCGAUAGCUAUCCCAGCAGUGAAGAGAUAAGGAAGGGAAAUAAUUCUGAACAGAAGCAAAUCAGACGCAGCAGAAGGCUUCAGCUGUUGUCAGAAGAAAUUGCAAUGGAAACCAAGAAGGCCUAUGAGCCAGAUGAACAAGCAGAAAAAAGUUGUGUCAAUGAAGUUUUCCCAGAUCUAAAAAUGGGAAAUAUACCUGCCUGUGAUACUGUCAGUCUCACUACUGAGAGUGAUCAAAUGUUAGCUAGCUGCAGUGUCACUGAAGAAGGACAUGAAAAGAGCCUGGAAGCAGUCCAGAGCAGCCAAGAUCAAGAGGAUCUGGCAAUAAGUGGAGGGGAGGGAUCACAAGGCCAGAGAGCCAAAGGAAACCUGGAGGCCUUGGAGGUUCCUGAUACUGAUUGGGACACUCAGGACAGUACCUCAUUGUUUCCAGCUAAUACUCCGCAAAAUUCAAAAGCAGGACCCAAUCCUCACAGAAGUCAAUGUGAAAUAAUGGAAACCCCCAAGGAACUCUUAGAUGGUUGUUCAUCUGAAAACACUGGAAGCACCACAGAAGAUUUGAGGGGCCUGAUGAGACAGGGAGUUAAAAAUGCCUCAGAGACAACCACAGAAAUGGAGGAUAGUGAACUCGACACCCAGUAUUUACAGAAUACCUUCAAACGUUCAAAACGCCAGACAUUUGCUCUGGGUUCCAGUCCAAGGCAGGAAUGUAUGAAACCCUGUGCUAUUUCUCAGGCUUUACAUCAGCGGGGUCUACAUAAUGCCACAGAUUGUGGGGACCAUGAAAAAGAAAAGCUGGGAAACAGAGAAUCCAACAAGCCCGUGCAAGCAAAGUCUGCAGUCAUGAACUUAGCUGUAGUUUGUCAGAUAGAGAGGAAGCCAAGUGAUUGUGCUAGUGUCUCCAGGAUUUGUCACAUAGAUCCAUUGCAUGGUGGCAAUGACUGUGAAUUCAUUGCUGGAAAUAACGAGGAAAUUUCACAAGUUCCUAAUCAAAAGCAAUCAGUUUCUCCAGCAGGAUCAUCUACUAGUAAAAUUAUAUAUACAAAAAACCUCUUGGAGGAAAACCUUGAUGAAAUAUCCCCUGAAACAGCUGUGGGAAAUGAAAUCUUAGCCCAAAGUAGCUUAAGUCUAGUUAGCCCAAGUAACAGCAGAGACUGUGUCUCUAAAGUAGCUGACUUAAACAGAUUUAUUGGCAUAGGGUCUAAUGGAGAAGGCAGUCAAGCAGAAAAACAUAAAAACAAAGAAUCUGAAUUAAAUACACUACCUAAAUUAAAGCUUGUGCAACCUCAAGUUUGUCAACAAAGCUUUCCUCAGGAUAACUUUAGCAAGGAACCUGAAAGAGAAGAGAAAGAAGAAAAUGUAAAAUUAACUCCGGCUAUUAGUGCAGAUUCAUCUCCAUGUUUAGAACAAACUAAAGAGAAUACACAUUUUACUCAGGUUUGGUCUGAGACUCCUGACUUAUUGGACAGUGAUGGUGAACUUAAAGAAAACACCAGCUUUGCUGAAAGUGAUAUCAAAGAACAAUCUGCUGUUUUUGGCAAAAAUGGUAAAAGUUCUCAAGUAAGAAAAUCUAGAAAAAACCUCAGCCCUUUAGUACAUAAAAAUCCCAGUUUGAGUUGGAAAUCCCGAAGACAAGCCCGGAAACUAGAGUCCUCAGAAGAAGAAGCCUCCAGUGAGGAGGGAGAGCUUCCAAGUUUUCAAGACUUAAUAUUUGGUAAAGCAGCAAGUACACCCUUUCAGCCUACCAAAAAUAAAACCAUUGCCAAAGAGUUUUCAGCAAAUGAGGCAAAAGAGAAUCUAGCCUUCCUAAACAGAAAUAAUAUGAGUGUUAACAAUCUUCAGAUACCAUCUGGGGAGGCAUCCCAAGAUCAUGAUUCCAGCCAAGAAUCGGAAUGUUCUGGUAGCUUAUUUUCUUCGCACUCUAAUUCAUUAGAAGACUUAGCUGGGAAAGCAAAUGACAAGGAUUCUACUUUGGUGUUUGGCUCUUCCCAUCAAGAAUCAAGUCAUUCCCGGACCCAAGAAAUCCAGAGUGGGAGUGAAAUGCCCAAGGCUUCCCAAGAUAAGGAAGAAAGGGAAACUGACCUAGAUGAAGACCAUCACCCCAAGGACCAGGGUGUGGAUUCAAAUUUAGUUGUUGAAGGAUCUGGGUAUGACAGUGAAACAAGCCAUCCUGGAGACACUUCACAGCUCUCGUUUCAGAGUGAUAUUUUAACCACUCAGCAAAGGGAUACCAUGCAAGACAACCUGAAAAAACUCCAACAGGAAAUGGCUGUCCUAGAGGCUGUUUUGGAGCAACAUAGUAGUCAGGUCACCAACAACUCCAGUUCUCAGGAACCUGGGCUAUGCCCCUCCAUGGACCAGCCAGACUUGAAACAGACCAAUUCAGAAAGAGGAGCAGAGGAAAAUGUUGACCAUCACAAAAGUCAAAAUGUGCAAAGCUUUUCAGCAGACAAGUCCCGAGCAUUUCCAAGUGAUUCCAACAGCAAAAAUGAAGAAGCAGGAGUUGAAGGGUCUUCUUUUUCCAAGUCCCAAAUGCCGAAUAGGGUUUGGAGCCCACUCAGUCGCUCCAGGACUCCUUGGGAAGGAGACUCCCCUUCUGAAGAGAGUGGUAAAGUGACCACCAGAAAGGAAGAACACAAGCGGCAACCCAACGAACAGGGUGUGCUGAAACAAAACCUAGAAAUAACCACUGAGCCAGAAUCUGGAGUCAAAGUAAACCUUAAGAACAUCAAAUCCAAUCCACAUCAAAAUAAGGACCCUGCCCUAAGAAAUAUCUUCAAUCUGCCCACCUCGACUUCUGCACUGAGGUCAUCCCAGCUUCAGACCAUAGAAGCCACCAACACCACUGCUCCUUGUGCUCCUGCUUGCAAUGUGAGGGGCCAACUGAAGGAGGAUUCUGCCUCAGAGAGGCUUAAAAAAGGAGGGACAGGAAACCGAAAGAUAUCCCUUGUGUCAUCGGGUUUAACUCCUAAAGAAAAUAUGCUAGUGCAGAAGUUUGCCAGGAAAACCCACAGCACUGUAUCUCAUCAAAUUACUGAAGGGACCACUCAUGUCAUAAUGAAAACAGAUGCUGAGUUUGUGUGUGAGCGGACCCUGAAGUACUUCUUGGGCAUUGCAGGAGGGAAAUGGGUAGUCAGUUUUCUGUGGGUGGUGCAGUCUUUUAAAGAAGGAAAGAUGCUGCCUGAGUGUGACUUUGAAGUCAGAGGAGAUGUCAUCAAUGGGAGAAACCACCGAGGCCCAGAAAGAGCAAGAGAAUCUCAGGGGAUGAAGAUCUUCAGGGGCCUGGAAAUCUGUUGCUAUGGACCAUUUACAGACAUGUCAACAGAUCAGCUGGAGUGGAUGGUGCAACUGUGUGGGGCCUCGGUAGUGAAGAAACCUUCCUCUUUGAGGUUCAGGGUGGGUUCUUCUCCGGUUGUGGUGGUGCAACCUGAUGCUUGGGAAGAUGACAGCAGUUUUCAAGAAAUCGGGCUGGUAUGUGAAGCACCUGUAGUGACCCGGGAGUGGGUGCUGGACAGCGUUGCCUGUUAUCAGCGCCAGGAGCUGGACACCUACUUGAUAUCCCAGACCUCCCCAAGCCUCUGCUGAUCCUGCCUCCCUGGCAGCAGGAGGUGGCUUGGUCUCUAGAAGGCCAGCCUAGGGAACCAGCUUUCCAGGCACAGAUAGUUCCUUUCUUGUCCUGGCCUUCAGUCCUGAUUAUGAAACAUUUUGUAUCAGUGAGCCUGGAAAGGACUUCUGGAUAUAUGUGUGUAUGCCUUUUUAAAAGACUUUCUGCUUCAAAGUCUCCCUUUUGAAGUCUGCCUUGAGCACAAAAUGUGGUGAUUUGUCACCUGCAAAAGAAUUUAAAAGCAGAUUCUUCACAAAGAGAGAGAGAAGAGAGCAAGAUGCUGAUUCAUUAUUUACCACGACAGCCAUGUCCCUGCAUAUUUACUCCAGGGGAGCUUAGAAACACAGUCAUUUAUGAAAACGACACCAGGGCUUGGGGCUUAAGGUUUGGGUUUGCUCAGCCUCCUGAGGGUUGCUGUCUCCCUGGUUUAGCUGAUACAAAAUGUGGACAAGGAAGGGCUUGGAGGCUUCCUAGGGAUUGGUGACAUCACUGGGUAAUUCGGAGUGGUGUGGAGGUGGCUCUUUGUUUCCUAAGUGUCCUAGUGAAUCAUUUUCCAGGGAAAUUACAGGGACAGAAAUGGUAUUUAGAGGUGCAACGUGCAGAAGAACUCCAAAAUCUGUCCUCUAGUCCGUUAAUUCCUAAAGAAACUUAGCACUGCUAUGUAUCACUGGUAAUAAAAAAGAUAUUACCAUAACUCUGAUAGAUAACAUUAACUUUAAGAUCUUUGAUAUAAAUAUUUCAUGUCUGUGGAACGACAGAUCCCAACAAGAGGAACAAUAUUGCUUUCCUUGAGGUUUGAUGCUGAAUCAUAUUGUUUUAUAAAUAGUUUUCCUUGCUGGAGAAAGAGAAAGUGUUUCCAUAAACUCAUUAUCCAAGACCAUUUAUAGCUAUUGGAAGGACCUGUUUUUCCCUCCAACUCCACCAUACCCAGGCAAUCAUGACUUGAUUGUGCAAAGCAUGUUUUGUAAAUAUUGUGACACUCAAUGGCAAAUAAACUUGAUGGCAGUGCUUCUCCUAA